AUGCACGUCACAUUUGUCCCAGGCAUCAAGUUCGGUCGUAGGAAUCCUACUAUUCAUGGAAAUAGCGGCACUGCUCUGCGUAUGCAGAAACUAGCCGGAUCCUUCAUAAUCGAUAACUUCCAGAUAACAGAAAAAGAAAUUUCCUGGAAGAAUGCAUAUUCAAAUGAACAGGAUUUGGAGCAUGUGCGAUUCCGAUUGGAGAAUGUGGUGGGCGGGAUUAGAUCAUUUGCGAUUGCGAUUGUGGAUGCGCAAAGUCCUGGUAGUGGCGAUGCUGUCCAUGUGGAGGUCACUAAAUUUAUAUUGGACCCGGAGAAUCCUCAAUCUGGAAGACAUCUUCCAAACACUGAAUUCCUAGUCUCACCUCGUCGGGUUGCUCAACAACCUUCUUUGCUCCAAGAUUCGUCCCCAGGGGACUCGUAUUUUCCCUCUGCAACUUCUGGUAGACAUCCCAAUAAUGACCGUCCAAACAUCCAAACUCCUACCAACCAAUCUACACUAAUACGCUCCCGCUUCCAACUUAUCUUCCACCCUGUACCGGGCGGUGACCUCGACGAUCCGUCCACAUUCGAAAACACUAAGCGCAUGGUAGAUAUAAUUACUCGAUACCUGAACCAAGGCGUGCACUAUCACCAGCUAUCGCCUUCCGACUUCACUUUGGUUAAUGGAUGGGUCGCGGACGGAAACGGUUCUAGUCCUGUUGUCGAAUUCCGGACAGAGGAUUCCAAUAGGAGAGGUCAUUGCAACCCGUUUUGUCUUGGGAUGAUAGAUGUUCCGUAUGACGCUGGAGAUGAAUCUGAAAAUCCCGAUACAACGAGGAUACAUGGCACACUUGCUCAAGAUCGAUGGCAGCUGCACUUGGAUCACGCCGUGUCACGAACCCUGUCGUAG